GUAUCGAUGGACGAAGUGAUGAAAAUUGAUGCAAUGAUGAUGAAUUUAUUAGAAUUGUUAGCGAAGGAUAAGCAUGAUAUUGAGGAUAUAAAUAAUAUAAAUGAAAAGAAAAUUGGUAACUUGCUAGUGUUAAAUGAAGAAAUAAUCCAAGGAAUCUAA